UGCGAAAGCUCGCGCCACAUAAACCUCGUACUAGUGUAGAAUCUACUACUAUGAUCGAUUUUCUGCUGAGUGGAUCCUUACUUUUCUUCUUGGUUCUGUAACAUGACACCCAGUACAAUGAUCGGAACUCUAGUCCACUGAGGCUUGGGUCCGUCACGCUACAUUAUUGACAGAUGGAAUUCCGAGUCACUGUGGCGGCAUACCUCCCUUGCUCUUUUGUUGGCACGAGGACCGCCGGUGCAGGGCGCAUAACAACUGAUCGAUGGAGCCCAACCGUGCUCAUUGAUCCUGAUGCUUUGUCCGACGAUUUGCCGCAGGCCACAGGGUGGCCCUAUUAGUCGACAUAUCCUCAAAUCGUCGACAACACACUAGCAGUGCAUACGCUAUGACCGACAAUCUUGCUACUGGCACUGUUGUAGUGCCCCCUGCCGCAAGCUCCAGCGCCGUUCGAGUUCUCGCCACGGAUUUCCUGCAGGCGUUGCACGAUGGUCGGGUCGGAAGAUGCAUCGACAUGACGAGGGAGGCCGCACAUUUCAUCGAGAACAUCCUCGUGCUGCAGCGUCCAGGAGCGGAGCGCCAUAGCAUAGAUCGGGCACCAUCCAAAGAACCGCUCGAUGUCUUCAUUGCCACAGUCUUGCAGAAGACAGGCCGCAGCAAUCUCGAUCUGGUCUAUGCCCUGUACCUUCUUCGCACGCUCAAAUUACGGUAUCCCAUAAUGAAAGGAACAGAUGGACACCGGCUAUUCCUGGCUGCUCUCAUGCUGACGUCCAAGGUCCUCCGAGACGACUUUCGCACAAACAGGAAAUGGGUCCAGAUUACAGGGAAUGCGUAUUCCCUCCGCGAGUUGAACCAGAUGGAGUGCGAACUUUGCAUACACCUCAACUGGGAUCUCAACGUCGCUGCACGACCUCUGGCACAAUUU